AUGGAUGGUAGAGGUGGUAAUGCAGUUGAUGCACUUCAGCGGAACUAUAGGCUAGGAAAAACUCUUGGCCAUGGUUCGUUUGGUAAGGUCAAGAUCGCAGAGCAUUUGCUUACUGGUUAUAAAGUAGCUGUGAAAAUUCUCAACCGUCGUAAAAUGAAGACCCCUGAUAUGGAGGAAAAGGUGAGAAGGGAAAUAAAAAUAUGCCGACUAUUCGUGCAUCCACAUAUCAUACGGCUGUAUGAGGUUAUUGAGACACCAGCUGAUAUAUUUGUUGUCAUGGAGUAUGUGAAAGCAGGAGAGCUUUUUGAUUAUAUUGUAGAAAAGGGUAGGCUACAGGAGGAUGAAGCUCGUCAUUUCUUUCAGCAGAUUAUUUCUGGAGUGGAGUAUUGUCACAAGAACAUGGUGGUCCAUCGUGAUCUUAAGCCUGAAAAUCUACUUCUUGAUGCCAGAGGAAAUGUAAAGAUAGCUGAUUUUGGGUUGAGCAAUGUUAUGCGAGAUGGCCAUUUUCUUAAGACAAGCUGCGGGAGCCCCAACUAUGCUGCUCCUGAGGUCGUCUCUGGUAAGCUUUAUUCUGGUCCUGAGGUAGAUGUGUGGAGUUGUGGUGUUAUCUUGUACGCUCUUCUCUGUGGUACACUUCCUUUUGAUGAUGAAAAUAUUCCAAACCUCUUCAAGAAAAUUAAGGGUGGGAUUUAUACUCUUCCAAGUCAUUUAUCUGCUGGAGCUAGGGAUUUGAUCCCAAGGAUGCUGGUGGUUGACCCUAUGAAACGUAUAACUAUUUCUGAGAUUCGUCAGCAUCAUUGGUUCAAAGUUCAUCUUCCUCGCUAUUUAGCUGUUCCUUCGCCUGAUGCAAAUCACCAUUUGAAAAAGCUUGAUGAAGAAGUCAUCCAGCAAGUUAUGAGGAUGGGAUUUGACAAGACCCAGCUACUUGAGUCUCUUCAAAACAGAAUACAGAAUGAUGCUACUGUUGCUUAUUACCUGCUAUAUGACAACCGUUCUCUUGUUGCAAGUGGCUAUCUAGGAGCUGAAUUUAUGGAAUCAAUGGAGCCUUGUUCCCCUGGAUUCCAUCCAGAAGAUGAUCUGCAGGUAUCUGUUACAUAUGGAUUUUCUCAGGAUAAUGGCUCGAGACCCCAUCUGGCUAGAGACAGAAAUUGGCUUGUCGGGCUUCAGACUGCUGCACAGCCUAGGGUUUUGAUGAAUCAGGUUCUCGGUACUCUUCAAGAACUUAAUGUGAGAUGGAAAAAGAUUGGGCACUACAACAUGAAGUGUCUCUGGCUUCAUAUUCUAGAAAGUGAUAGCAUUACCACCAAUCAUGUGAAUGACCACCUUUAUCUUGCUCAUGAAGCCACUCCCCCAACAGCUCUCAAGUUUGAGUUGCAGCUUUAUAAAGUUCGUGAAGAGAGGUAUGUACUCGAUCUUCAGAGGGUAAGUGGGCCUCAGGUCCUCUUCUUGGAGUUUUGUGCCUUGCUUGUUGUGAUGCUGGAGGCCUCUUAG